GUGCGCCUCUGGGCACCCUCAUCCCACACCGCCUCCACCCCACCUCCGCAGAUGCGCAUAUCCGCUAUCGGGGUCGCAAUUGCCACGCCGCUGCCGUGCGACGAGCUCCUUCUCUCCCUCUCUCGAUCGAUCGAUCCAUCCAUCCAUCCCGCAGCGAAGUCAACUGGGCGACGCGACCAUUCGAUCCCUCAUAGGAUGAUGGGCUCCCUGAAGAAGGGGAACUGGAAUCUGAUAUGGCUAGCCAAGCAUCAGGUUGUGGGAUUUCACCAAUUGCUUUAGUUUGCCAUGUCAAGUAACCUGAAUAAGUAGACAUUAUGUCGCCUUUGAUUGAUGGUCUCCCUGAUGAAGUUGCUAUCCAGUGCCUGGCACGUGUGCCUUUCUACUUUCAUCCUCAAUUGCAGCUUGUUUGUCGUUCGUGGAGAGCUGUUCUUCGAAGCCCCGAUAUCUUCAAGACUCAUUGUGAAGUUGGGGCAUUGGAAGAGUUACUUUGCGUUUUAGCAUUUGAGCCUGAGAACAUUUGGCAGCUAUAUGAUCCUCUGCAAGACCGUUGGAUAACCCUACCAAUUAUGCCAUCAGAAAUCAGGCACCUUGCUCGUUUUGGUGUGGCAUCAGUUGGUGGAAAGCUCUUUGUGAUUGGGGGAGGUAGUGAUAGAGUCGACCCAUUGACUGGAGAUCAUGACCGAAUCUUUGCAAGCAAUGAGGUUUGGUCAUAUGACCCAUUUCGGUGCGAGUGGGAACAAAGGGCCCCCAUGCUUGUACGACGGGCAAUGUUUGCAUGCUGUGCACUGGAUGGCAAGAUUGUUGUAGCAGGGGGGUUCACAAACUGUCGGGAAUCAAUAGCAAAUGCUGAGAUCUAUGAUCCUCAGUUGGAUACAUGGGAACCCCUUCCCAAUCUCCAGCAUUCCCAUAGUUCUGCAUGCUCUGGUGUGGUCAUUGGGGGAAAGAUGCAUGUUUUGCACAAGGGAUUAUCGACAGUGCAGAUAUUGGAGGAUGGGGGCAAACAGUGGGAUGUGAAAGACUAUGGUUGGCUCCAGGGUCCAAUGGCUGUGGUCCAUGGCGAGCCAUACGUUCUGAGCAAUGGCUGCAUCUCCAAGCAAUGUGGACAGAACUUACCCGAUAGGGUGGUAUCAUAUGCGUCGGAGUUCCAGAGCCGAAUUGGAUUUGGGAUGAUAGGGGUGGGAGAUGAGAUCUACAUGAUUGGAGGAGUGAUCGGGCCUGGCCCCAGGAAUCAGUGCAUCAAGCAGCUGUCUGAUGUUGAUGCCUUAAAUGUUAGAAGCGAGAGGCCUACGUGGCGUCCCUUAUCGCCCAUGACACAUUGCUGUGGUAGCAUCCUCGGGUGUGCAGUGCUCAGGAUCUAGUUAUGAUCAUUGGAUGCUCAUAGCUAUGCUUCCCUCUUAUCGAAAGGAUGAUAAGAUUAGAAGCCUUCUUUUUUUGGUCUUUCUGUAAUAUGUCAUCUCUGGGCUCCUUUAUUUCCAUGUUGCCCUAUUGUUAGCAGCUUUUAGAAAAGCUUCAAAUCUAGAUAUAGGGUUGUUGUCAUUGCCCACUGAAAUCAUCUCUUGUUUGUGGUUCAAUGUGGAUCAUCACAUAUAGAUUUAGAGUGGGAGUAACCAUCUGUGUGGUGCUUGAAAGUCAGGAUAAAUAGAUGGGUUUGUGAAUCUUCUUUACCUGUUAAAGCAGAACUUGUUUGGAUUGUGAAAUAUACAAAACUUAUAGGAGGA